AUGGCGCCUCGGCUUUCCGCCGCCCUCUUUGCGGCCUUCGGGCUGCUGCUGCUCCCCUUCGAAGACUUUAGCGGCAAAGGCCUCCUUUUGCCCCUCGUGGAGGCCGCGGGGAUCAACGGCGGAGACCUCAGGGGAGGGGGAGGAGUUAAGGGGGGCCCCGGAGAUGCUGGAGGGAAUGGGGGGGGCCCCGGACCGGGAGGCCCGGGAUCGGGAUCGGGAUCGGGCAAGGACGGCGACGGCGAGUCCGGCGAGGAGGGAAAGAACGGUCAAAAGAACGGACCCAACAAGCAAGGAGGCCGGGGCAACAACGGCCGAGGCCCCCCUGGCCCUCCGGGUGGUCCGAAGAAUCCUCCUCGGAGACAGCAAGACCAGUCUUUGGCGCAGGCGCUUCCUUUGCUUUGGAACGCAGCCGCCAACACCGCUGCGGCAUCAGACGAAUCUUCGGAUUUAGAGGAUUACAACGCCGCUCUGGCGCGGAUAUUUGAAAAGCGAAUGGCAUUCCACCCGCGCUUCCGAGGGGCGUUGGAAGACAUAAACGAAGCGCUGUCGCGGGACUUGCUGGAAACGAACACGAAAAUGCCGAUGAGCGAGCGGCAGAAGAUUCUGUACGGGCUGGGAGGCCGCGGGACUUACCUGGAGGUGCCGACGCUGCUGCACGAACUGCGGGAAGAGGCGGACCACCCCGUGGAGGAGCGGAGGCGGAUCCAGGGGCUGCACCGGCUGCGGCGGCGGGGCGUGCAGAUCAACGUGGAAGACCUCAAGAAGCGGCCGUUCGUGCGCAGAGAGUUCACGGGGCCGGUCACCACGGAAGACUUCGAAGAAGACCUGACGGACGCAGACCUGCACCAGCGACAGAGCGCGCUGAACGGCUGGCUGCAAAUGCAGAACCGCGCGCGAGUGCUGCAGAAGCAGCACAUGCGGCACCGGCGCAACGUGGGGGCGAGCGAACCGGUGAACGACGACGACUUCCAAGUGGAACUCGAAGACCUGGAGGGGCUCGGCUUCGGCGGAAGGCUCAGCGACGUCGAGGGCGGCGAGUACGGCGAACAGUACCGCGAGUUCCUCGAGGAGGAGGGGAAGCCUUCGGAGAACGAGGAGGAGGCGGUCUAG